GUUCACUAAGAAUCUUUCCCCGGACAAGAUCAACUUGAGCACCCUGAAAGGGGAGGGCCAGCUGACCAACCUGGAGCUGGAUGAGGAGGUUCUGCAGAACGUGCUGGAACUGCCCACCUGGCUAGCCAUCACCAGGGUCUACUGCAACAGGGCCUCCAUCCGGAUCCAGUGGACGAAGUUGAAGACACAUCCGAUUUGCUUGUGUCUAGACAAGGUGGAGGUGGAGAUGAAAACCUGUGAGGACCCUCGCCCCCCCAAUGGACAGUCUCCCAUUGCCCUUGCUUCAGGACAGAGUGAGUAUGGCUUUGCCGAGAAGGUGGUGGAGGGUAUGUUCAUCACUGUCAACUCCAUCGCCGUCAAGAUCCACGCCAAGGCCUUCCAUGCGUCCUUUGAGCUGUGGCAGCUCCAGGGCUACAGUGUCAACCCCAACUGGCAGCAGAGUGACCUUCGUCUGACCCGAAUCACUGAUCCCCGUCGAGGAGAGGUUUUAACAUUUAAGGAAAUAACUUGGCAGACACUUCGAAUUGAGGCAGAUGCCACAGAUAAUGGUGAUCAGGACCCAGUCACCACUCCACUGAGGCUCAUUACCAAUCAAGGCCGGAUCCAGAUAGCCCUCAAGAGACGAACCAAGGAUUGCAAUGUGGUUGCCUCCAAGUUGACUUUCCUGCUGGAUGACUUGCUCUGGGUGCUGACCGACUCGCAGCUCAAGGCAAUGAUGAAGUAUGCUGAGUCGCUGAGUGAGGCCAUGGAGAAGUCAGCCCAGCAGAGAAAGAGCCUGGCUCCUGAGCCCGUGCAGAUCACUCCACCUGCUCCCAGUGCCCAGCAGACCUGGGCCCAGGCAUUCGGUGGCGGCCAGGGCAACAGCAGCAGCAGCAGUAGCCGCCUCAGCCAGUACUUUGAGAAGUUUGAUGUGAAGGAGCCCUCUUACCACCUGCUCAUCUCCCGCCUGGACCUGCACAUCUGUGAUGACAGCCAGGCCCGGGAACCAGGUGUCUCUGCAAACAGACUCACAGGUGGUGCCAUGCAGCUUACCUUCCGCAAGAUGGCGUUUGACUACUACCCCUUCCACUGGGCAGGUGACAGCUGUAAACACUGGGUGCGGCACUGUGAGGCCAUGGAAACCCGAGGCCACUGGGCCCAGCAACUGGUGAUGGAGUUUCAGAGUAAGAUGGAGAAGUGGCUUGAGGAAACCAGUCUGAAACCGUUAUGGUGUCUGGGUGGAGACUCUGUGUUCCGAAAGAAAGCAGAUUCUUUUUCUAGCCCUGGAAAGAGCCCUCUUGACAAAAGCCCUGCUCAGGGCUGGCAGGCUGCCUUUGGGUCUCCAGCAUGGAAUCGCUUACGUUCUAGUUGCCUGGUUGUACGAGUGGAUGACCUGGACAUCCACCAGGUUUCCACAGCUGGACAGCCAAGUAAGAAGCCAUCCACUCUGCUCUCUUGCAACCGCAAACGCCAUCACCUUCCGACUCAGGUGGCUGCCAUCCAUGUACAGUUCACAGAGUAUUACUUUCCUGAUAAUCAGGAGCUUCCAGUGCCCUGUCCCAAUCUCUACAUCCAGUUAAAUGGUCUGACGUUUACUGUGGAUCCCGUCAGCUUGCUUUGGGGAAACCUCUUUUGCCUAGAUUUAUACCGCAGCUUGGAGCAGUUCAAAGCUAUCUAUAAGCUGGAAGAUUCAAGGCAAAAAGAUGAGCACUUGGACAUUCGGCUGGAUGCAUUCUUGUUGAAGGUGAGCUUCCCACUGGAGAAGAGAGAGCAGGCAAAGCUGCAUCGUCCCCAGGCGCUUGUCUUAUCCACCUCAGGACUGAUUGCCACCAACACUCGGCAUGCCCCACACUGUAGUUGUCCAGACCUCCAGAGUCUCUUCCGGGGCUUUGCUGCUGCUGAGUUCUUUCGUUCCAGUUACGGUCACUUUCCCAAGGCUCCAGGGGGCUUCAGCCUCCUGCACACGCUCUUUGUGCAUCACGCUCUCCAGAUGGAUUCCCUCCCGGCCCAGCCUAGCUCCCUCCCUCCUCAGAGGCCUGCUGCCUCCCAGGAUCUUUGGUCUCUGCACUUCACCCAGAUCUCCUUGGACUUUGAGGGCACAGAGAACUUCAAAGGCCAUACCUUGAAUUUUGUGGCCCCCUUCCCCUUGUCCAUUUGGGCCUGCCUUCCUCUCCGCUGGCAGCAAGCCCAGGCACGGCGGCUCCUCUUGGCCUCAGAGGGGAGACUAAAACCGUCAGCCAGCUUUGGCAGCCCUGUGCGUUCUGAAGCUCUUGCCCCUGAGACUGUGUCCCAUCAGAGGUCGAAGACUGAACGGGACUUGAAAAGCCUGUUGGGCUUUACCGACGCCUCAAAGGUUCUGAGAGAAGGUGACGCUGGAGUGGACCAUAGAGGACAUGUGGCAGAGCUGGAGGGCGUGGCGGAUGUUCACAUGCUCGUACACUCCCCCGCCCCCCUCCAAGUGAGGCUCGACCACUACCAGUACUUGGCUCUGCUUCGUCUGAAGGACGUGCUCCAGGGGCUUCAGGAGCAGCUGAGCAAUGACACAGAGGCCAUGAUGGGGUCUCCCCUGCAGGACCACACAGCUUGCAUUGGCGUCUUCUUCCCCAGUGCUGAGGUGGCUCUGCUCAUGCCUCCUGCCCCUGGCACUGCUGAUGCUGACUCUGCGGGCUCAGACACCACCAGCCUCAUAGACUCAGAGCUGUCUCCAUCAGAAGAUCGGGAGCUGAAGUCUGAUGCCUCCUCAGACCAGGGCCCAGUCAGCCCUGAGAAAGUCCUGAAGGACGGCAGCGUUGAAAAUCUGGAUGCGUCUCAGGAAAUUCGGCCUAGUGAUGGAACGCUGCAGGACUUGGGUCCACUUGCACGGCAGCCAGCAGGGAAGAGCCAUGAGGCAGUUGAGUCUCUGCAGGCCAAGAAGUUGAGCAGAACUCAAACUGCUGGCCUACCAGCUGCCUUGAAGUCCCCAGCUGACAAGGAGGCUGCUAUGAAUGGACAAGGGGAGCCCAUACCCUUGAGGAACAUCGAGGGGGAGUUGUCCAGUGCUAUUCACAUGACCAAGGAUGCCACCAAAGAGGCUCUCCAUGCUACAGUGGACCUCACCAAGGAAGCUGUGUCCCUGACUAGAGAUGCCUUCAGUUUAGGCAGAGAUCGAGUGACCUCCACCAUGCACAAAAUGUUGUCCCUGCCUCCCACCAAGGAAGCCGUGGCAAAGACAGAUGAAGGGGUGUCAGCCCCAGUGAGCGGGGGCACUGCCCGGCUCCGGUUUUUCUCCAUGAAGAGGACAGUCUCUCAGCAGUCAUUUGAUGGCGUCUCAGUGGACAGUGGUGGCCCUGAAGAUCGGAUUUCCGUAGACAGCGAUGGCAGUGAUGGCUUUGUAAUGCUCUUGGAGUCAGAGUCUGGUCCAGAAUCUGUCCCAUCAGCAUCUGUGACAAGUGUCUUAGAUGACAGUGGUAUUCAGGGGAGCCCUGUUCUGGAUAAUUGUGGCCAGGGGUUGCCAGAGACCAACAGCUCAGUGUCAGCCAGUGGUGACCUCAUCCUUCACUCGGUGUCAGUUUUGGUCCUGAAAGUGAAUGAAGUGUCACUGGGGAUUGAGGUCCGUGGUGAGGACCUGACGGUAGCCUUGCAAGCAGAAGAGCUGGCCCUACAACAGUUGGGCACUGUCAGCCUCUGGCAGUUUCUGCAUGGACAGUGCCCAGGCACAAGCUUCCAGGAAUCCUCAAAUCCGAAGGCUGGUCACAUCAGGCCUGCUGUGGGUCUGCGCUUUGAGGUGGGGCCCGGUGCAUCUGUUCAUUCCCCACUGGCCACACAAAAUGGCUUCCUGCGAUUCUUGCUUCGGGGCUGUGACCUGGAGCUGUUCACCUCAGUGCUCAAUGGUCUGGGGCCAUUUUUGGAGGAUGAGGAAGCCCCAGUGGUCGUCCCAAUGCAGAUUGAGCUCCUGGACUCCAGUAUCACCCUCAAGGAUGAUAUCCCUCCCAUCUACCCAACAUCCCCUGGCCCUGUCCCCAUCACUGUGGCAGUGGAGCAUCUUGUGCUGAAGCGAAAUGAUGACGGUGUGUUUCACCUUGGCGCUCCGGCUCCAGCUCCAGCUCCGGCUCAGGACAGGCCAUUGUUCCAAGUGCCUGAGAAGCAGCAGCUCCCAAAAGAACAGGUGCUCCUGAGGCCCACAGGACAGAGCUUGGGACUGCAGGAGGAAGAAUUGCCUACCCUCCAGCAGGAACUUAUGGACACCAAACAAGCACUGACCAUUGCCAACCAGGACAAAGAAAAACUUCUCCAGGAGAUUAGGAAAUACAACCCUCUCUUUGAGCUCUGACAGCAGCUCAGCCAUCUGUGCCAAUGAGAGAGGAUGUCACCAGCAAAGCACCGCCUAGGACAGAGGUGCCGAGGAGCCAGCAGGGCUGUGUGCUUCCUGCUGCUUGUUAGCCUGGGUGGAGGACACAGGAGAGCAUGGCUGCAUCCGGGAACUGGGGUAGCUAUGCACCCGGCCCUACACCCUGUCUUGCCAUUAUGUAGCCUUGUAGCCCUCUGCACACCAGAGGGGUCUUCUCGACACUGUAGAGCAUUGCACCUUAUGGUCUCAUGCAGUGGUUUGCUUCCUCACGACCUGUGUGAACAAGUGUCCACCUGAGUAACGUGCACAGCCACCAAAGAGCCCAUAUCCCAGCGCUUCCUAUGGCAUACCUGAAGAGUCCUUGGCCUGAGUUUUGCAGUAGAUGAAGAAACAGCCCAAUCUCAGAGGUUGGGCAGAGGAAGAGGAGCUGAGCUCAGACCAUCUUGGCUGACAGCCAUGGGUCCAGCUGCUUUUCUGUUGAAUUUCAUUGUGAUGCUUUGACUGUCACUCUGCCAGAUCGUUCUUCCCUGCAUAACAUUUGGUUUGAGAUGUCAUUUAAAUGAAGAAAAAGUGCUCAGCUGAGGGCAUGGUGAGGCAGGCGAAGAGCUCUGUCUGUACAGCUGUGCCUGACAGGAGUCCCCGGUCACCUGCUUCCACAGCGCCGUAGCUUUCUGCCUUUGCUAACCUCAGCACUUGGGAGUUUGGGAACUAAACACAUGCUCUAAACUUAGUCGUAAACACCUCAGUGUGCUGCCUCACUCCCUCUGUUACUAUGGCUUUUUAAAAUCAUGUGAUUUCAACUUUAUCUAGGUUUCCUCCUGGUACUGUGAAAGAGCUCCCUUCCCUUCUGAUGUCAGAACUUUGUUCUGUGCCGUGCUCCAAGUAGUGCUGACCUAACAGAAGCAUCACUGAGUCACUAACUACAUGGUGAGAUAGAUGGUCGGUGUGAGCCGGUGAUGCUUGUAGAAGGGGCCGGGGAGAGAGAAAACCCUAUGUGUUUCGAGGGUAAAAGACAUUUAUGAAAGAACGAAGUUGCAUCUGUUGAGACUUGCAGGACUUAGUCACGUUCUUCACCACGGCAGAUUUCUACACAGUUGUCAGAGGGUUGUGGUUUGUUACACUGAGGAGACACUGGGAACAUCUUCUGGAGACACUGUUAGCAAGUGAAGUUCCCUUGUUUCAGAUUUCUGUAAAUGACCUAGAACUUUAAAUGCAGUUAAAUGUUGCUGCUUAUAGGCAGUGAAAGGCAGACCAGAGAGAGAAAAAACAUAGCCAUAGAGAAGCCACAGUGUUGUGAAUGCGAAACACGACAGGGGAAGCUCAGCACAGGGAAGGACUGGGGUAUGGCUCAGUGGUAGCAUUGGCGAGGCCUCUCUGAGGGCCAGGGCUCACCCCAGCAUGAUAAACACAACAGAAAUAAAGGUUAUGAGCAUCUGAACUACUGCUACUACUAAAAUACUCAGGAAAGGGUCCAGACGUAUGUUGAGGGAGGAGGGACCAUUGUGAUGCUGCGCCUGACCCUGCUCCCCGUGUCGUUAGGAAGGCACGGCUGGCAAGAGCAGCGUCAUCCAACCCCUGGGCAUUUCUGUUGGCUUUAUCUAGGACAUAGAGAAGGGAACACAGGUUCAGAGGACAGGGAGGGUGAUUGGGGACGUGCAGUGGAAAUGGAGACGGUUCUGCAGAGAUGCAAGGUGACCACACACUCGGUCAAGAGUCGGGGGAGCCCAGCUUUGAAACAUUAGUUCUAGGGCCCUGUCAUUGCCUCAGGGAAAAGAAAGCACUUUUUGUAACGUCAGAAACUUGCAGAACUUGUGUGAGAAGCAGCAUCUGAAGGGGGAAAGCCAGUAACUAGAAAACAGAGUCAUUCAACAUGAGGAACACUUGAAUUGGCUUCAGAUCACAUCCCCUCCUUUGUGCCAUCUCAUCCCUCUGGCACCCCUGCAUGAGAAGAUACAUAGUAACACUUGGUGUGCAUUUCCCUCAAGCUUGCAGUAGAAACAUGUUUGUCAGGGAUAAUGCCUUACUGGUCAGAGUGUUAGAUUUCUGAGCUGAGGGGGUCUGGGGUUCUCGUCUGUGCGCAAAUGGAGACAGAGUUUUGGCUAAUGUGGUGACUUUGGCUUUUACGUCUGGAAGUCAUCCCUUAGGAAACAUGGUAAAAUUAUUAUUCCAUGGGAUUUUCAAUGAUGACUUCUCUUAUAAUUCAAUCCCCUUCUCACUGGGGGAUGAGCAUUUCAUAAUGAAACAGGAAUUGGCAGUGGGAAUAUCUUGGACAAGGGUAAAAGAAAACAGAAUGAAGCGUGGGGCAGAGUUUUGCUGUGAAGCUGCAGUUUGUAAAAUGAACUAAUACCUCAAGAAAACUUCUGGAGGGACAGCAACACUGUCCUCAGAGACUUCAGCCACUGCACACCAUCAUCAGCUGUAAAGCUCUUAAUCAACUGCGUCAUCUGUGAUUGUCUGCAUUUCCUGUUUCCAUGCAUGUACUGGGAGUGUGCAUUCGUGUGUGUAGCUGUGUCCUCUAAUUGGGCUGCAGCAAUGGCUGUCAAUGUCUACUUCACUGGAGUGAUAACUGAGUCUGAUGAAAAUCCAACAUGGGCUGUCUUCUCCUAAGAGCUGUUUUUACUGUGCCAUGGGCUGUAAUCAUCUUUCUGUGCUCUGAAGGAAUGGUACUUACGGAAUGAACUAGAAAGAGAUGAUACCACAUCUUACAGACUCUGUAACUCAAAUGUCCGCUGUUAAUUCAUGUUAUUUUCCCUUAGGGGCUCGAGAUUGAGCCCUACAAAGGAGGCAGUGAAUGUUCUCCUGGGUAGGAACUCUCUGUUCCAAACUCAAGUCUUUCUGCCUAAACUUCUAACAUCAGUGACACCAGGCCACAACAUUGAAAACAGCGAUUUACUACCCAAGCUAGUAGAUUAACACCUGGGUGAGAGCUGUGGCAGCAUGACUUAGGUGACUAAGUCUUGGAGACUCAGAGAUCACUCAAUCCUUUGGGAGCCCUAGGCCUUGCCCAGGUGCCCCAUAUCCCCAGGGUAGGUAUGGAGAGUGGCUGUCAGUGGUGAGGCAUUUUGCUCCAUGGCACAAGCAAGCACUCUAACUUAACAGUGAGGUCUGAGUGGCCAGACUUGGGAUUUGAGCUUCCUGUCCUGCUAUUAUGUUCUUGCCUUAACUGGUACCUUUUUAAUCAAAAUAGAAGUAGUUCUUAAUGUGUUAAGAAUUUCCUAUUAGAGUUGAAAAUUUUCUUUUGUCAGUUCACUAGUUUUUGGUCAAAAUUUAGCCUGAGUCUCCCAGCAUCUUUGUGGAGUGCUCCCCUGGUGUCUUCUGCUUUGGCUAAGCCAAUGAGUUUUAAUGUAAGCUACUAAAAGUCAGAUCUGUCCAAUUACGUGAGUCUGAGCUGUUUCCCUAACUCAGGGUGCUAAAAACAAGACUUGCUCAGGAAAGCUUCAGAAGAGAGCAGCUUCCAAGCCGCCUUCCUGUGACACUCAACAGUGGAUGGGAAACAGGCCAGUGGAUCGAUUGCCAAUUAUAUCAGGUAGCCUUACUGCUAAUCACUGUCAAUAAAGUCACUUCAUUCUCCGAGGAGAGCAGUGAGAAUGUAUACAAGGAACUGGAAUCCUAGUCAGUAUUGGGAAAUUUUAAUGUUGCAAUAUCUAAUCAAACCCUGAGUAUACUGGUUCUGUGAACCACCUGAAAAGCAAAUUAAAAAAAAAAAUUAAACAGCA